CGAAGCUUUAUAAAACCUCCCACAUCUGCUCAUACCAAAACGGUAACAGGCAGAGGGAAAAUAUACAGAACGUUACAAAAGAUAGGUUUGAAAACAAACGGGCUGCGAUUGCCAGCAGGCUCGGCUUUAGUGCAGAUCUUUCUUUAACUCGAGUUUCUCUAGAAAGUGUGCACGAUGGCUCUACAUGAUGUCGCCCUCUCUGAAGUCAGACAGCUCCUAGUGGAAAAUUCUGGUUUCUCUGAAACGGCAAAUACUAACAGCUUCUACGCACAUGAUAUUAAGGAGCAUGACGUUGAAACACCAUUUGGUAUUAUUCGUGUUGCAGUGCGUGGUGCAUCUAAAGGAAUUAGGCCAGUCCUAUUCACUCUUCAUGACAUUGGGAUGAAUCAUAAAUCAUGUUUUGACACUCUUUUCAACUCCGACGACAUGCAGGAAAUAAUACUACAUUUUGCAAUUUACCAUAUUGAUUUACCAGGACAGCAUGAAGGAGCUCCAUCUUUUCCAUCUGGAUAUGAAUACCCAUCAAUGGACCAAAUGGCAGAGUUAAUUCCAGCUGUUCUAAAACAUUUUGGUUUGAGGAGCAUUAUUGGAUUAGGAGUUGGAGCUGGUGCUUAUAUCCUGACCAAAUUAGCUUUGGCUUAUCCUGAACUUGUUGAAGGCCUCUGUCUCAUUAAUAUUAAUUGCAAUGCUGAAGGAUGGAUGGACUGGGCAGCAACUAAGUUUACUGGCUGGACCUCUAAUUUGACAGAUGUUUUGAUCAGUCAUCUCUUUAGUAAGGAUGAAAUAAAUUCUAAUCCUGAAUUGAUCCAGACAUACCGUAAUCACAUCUCUACUGGGCUUAAUCAUCACAAUCUACAGCUUUUUGUUGAUUCAUACAACAGUCGAAGAGACUUGGAAAUUGGACGACCUCUUCCUGGACAGCAUCAUCAAAGAACUACUUUAAAAUGUCCCACAUUAUUGGUGGUUGGAGACAGUUCACCUGCAGUAGAUGCUGUGGUUGACUGUAAUACUAAGCUUGAUCCAACAAAAACUACUCUGCUGAAGAUGUCUGAUUGUGGAGGACUGCCACAAGUUGUUCAGCCAGCAAAACUUACAGAAGCUCUGAAGUAUUUUGUGCAAGGAAUGGGCUAUAUGCCUGCAGCCAGCAUGACCCGACUAAUGAGAUCCCGUUCAGCAUCAGGAUCCAGUGUAACAUCUGGAGAGGGUAACAGAAGCCGAACUCACACUGGCGAGGCUGCGAAGUUUUAUACUCAUCCCACGGGUGGACUGCACCAUAACACAAAUGCUAAUGCAAACCCAAAUGCUAAUAUGGGAAGUGUCGAACACUCUGGCCCUCAGUCGACAGAGAUUUCAUGUUGAAGCCUUUCUCACUACCACCCUAAAAAAAAUACUGAAUGUGUUAUAAAGUUACCCUCAAUGCAUUCAAUGGGCACGUUGUAGAGGGCAUGUGGAAAAAAUGUAGAAAUUAAAACUUUUGUGCAUACUUUCCUGUUUGGGACAUUUCAAUUGGUGCCAUAUUUGAAUACCAGGGUUCCAAAAUUGCAUGAUAUAACAAAAUCAAACUUUCUUUGAAAGCAGUGCAUUCUGGGUAACUAUUCUCCAAACAUGCCCAUUAGUCUCAUGUCAUGUGAAGAAGUUAAAUGUUAAGAUGUGUAUAUAGUUCAAUUAAUAUCUUAAUUAAGAAAUGUUAAAUCUUAGGUGCUGUAACUUUUUGUAAAACUUUAAUUGUCUGUUGACUUUCCACUUUGAUGUGCUGUUGCUUUUUAAGCCCUAAGUAUAAACAUUGCUUUUUUAAUGAUGCUGUUAUUUCCUGGUGCAAACUUGCCUUUAGUCUGCUUAUAUUUGUAGCUAGGCAAGUAAAAUUCUGAUUUUUUCAAAAAUUGUGUUUAGAAUAUUACUUCAUAGUUUCAGAUUAUUCUAAAGAGUUUGUAUUACAGUAACUUUGUACUUUUGGAUUCCCUUGCAAGAAUCCUUUUAAAUGACAUUGUGAUUUCUAGCAAAUUUUUGAUGCUUUGCGUUCUAAAAGUUGCAGCCAAAAUAUGAAUUCUGAUUGAGUGCUCAGUAAUAUGGUGUAUAUUUUCAUAUUCCAAGGUUUUUCUUCAACUGGAAUUUUUUUCUGAGCAUGUUUCAGUUUACAGUAUCCUAAAAUCUGUGGACAAAUAGGAAUGCCAAGAUAAAUGAUAUAACCUGAAAAUGUUAUACAAUACUUGCAUUUAUUUGCCCAGAAAUGUAUCAUGCUUUCCCCUGCUACUUAUGAUCUUGAUUUCUAAGCACAGCAGGUUACGCAUAUUACAUGAAGCUUAUUAGCCAAAAGGCUCACUUAACAUGCUGUAAAAUUUCAUGCCUAAAAUCGUAUUAAAAAUUCUGAAGAAAAUGGCUAACAUUUCAUUUUGAUAAUCUUCUUCAGUGAUGUGACCUGUGUUAUUUUUAGACUUCCAUUUUAUUUGUUUUAAGGUUCCAACAUUGGCAAUCUAUGGAUAUGUUGUCCAUACAAAAGCAUUCUGUCCAUCAAUGUGAAAGUUGAAAGUAAGAGUAGAAGAAACAAUAUAAAGGUGUGAAAUUGUCAUUUAAACACUAAACAGUAGCUUAAUUAGAUAUGUAUGUUCUUUAAAUGCACACUUUUUCCUGUACUACUGCUCUUCAACUAAAUUUUACCAUUUUAUGUGAUCUAAGCUGUAUCUAAGUCAGCCUAGUGUGACUACUUGUGUCCUAAAAAGAACAUACUAGAGGCCUGUUUAAACACUUGCAUUGAGGAAGGUUGUUCAUUCUAUUCACAGAACUACACACUCUCUUUUGCAUAGUAUGUUUGGUUCUAACAGCAAGCUUAGCUGGAAGUAGUAUUACUGAAUUCCAACAGCAGUGUACCAAAGUGGUGAAACUCUUGGGGGGAGGGGGUGGGAAAGAAGGGAAUAAGUGCUGCAGAAUGUUAAUUUUAAAAUGUAGUGAUAUCAAAGAUAAAUUACAAUUAUUAUUCAUUGGUUUUGACAUUUCACUUUUAGCUACAAGAUAUUCUCAUCAUAUUUAGUAAUGUUAUUGUUCAGUCUUUAAAUUGGGAAUUAACUGCUGAAAUUUUGGGUGGCAAGUAUGGUAUCCUUUCACUUCUAUUUGCUUCAUUAAAGUUUGAGGGCAGUAUCGGGUAUGAAAUUCUGUUUCUGACCUUGUAGUUUCUGGGGCUGCAUUUGCUAUCUGUAUUGAAUUAAAAUGGUUUUCUAGCUUUUUUUGUCACCAUCUAUACUGGUACAUACAAUUUAUGAACAGAUUUUGGCUUGAAAGAUUGUGAUCCUUUUUGAUUUCACAAAGGGCAGCCUGGAACGAUUUUGAAUAGUUAAACUGACAAUGACUUGCACAUGUGUAUUUAUUUUGAAAUUAAAUUCUUAAAACUGAAA